AUGAAGACACAGCUGGAGAGAGAAACACAACUGGAGGAGAUGAAGAGACAGGUGGAGGAGAGUGCAAGACGACUGAAGAAGAUGAAGAGAUUGCUGGAGAGAGGAGCAGAACAGCGAGAUGGUUUCUUCCUGUCAGAAUUGGGGAUUGUGCUGCUAGGAUGCAGAUAUGUUGGGAAGAGUUCAUCAGGAAACACCAUCCUGGGCAGAGAGGAGUUUGGUACUGCAGUUAGAACAGCUCAGUGUGUGGAGAGACAAGGAGAAGUAGCAGGGAGACACGUCACUGUGGUGGAGGCUCCAGGAUGGAAUACCUGGACUACAGAAGAAACACCCAGCAUGACUGAAGAGGAAAUCGAGCUAAGACUGCCUCUGUGUCCUCCUGGACCUCAAGCUCUACUGCUGGUCAUAAGUGUGAAUCGGUCAUUCACAGAGAUAUACAGAAGAUCAGUGCAGGAACACCUGGAGCUUCUGGGUGAGAGAGUGUGGAGUGACACUAUGGUACUGUUCACACAUGGAGACUGGCUUGGAGACAGAUCCAUUGAGCAGCACAUUGAGAGUGAAGGAGUGUGUCUGCAGUGGCUGGUAGAGAAAUGUGGGAACAGAUAUCAUGUCCUCAACAACAAAAGAGGUGACCACAUGCAGGUCACACAGCUGAUGGAGAAGAUAGAAGAGAUGGUGGUGGCAGCAAACAGAGGAUGGUGUUAUUGGAUCCGACCAGAGGAGCCACGGCCUGUAAGGAAAGCACGCAGCAUGGACUGGGUUCCUCCAUAUAUGAGUGGAGAUUCAGACCAUUGGUCCUUCACCAGCUCUGCCUACAGCUCCUUCAGGUCUAGAGCAAGCUUUGACAUCAGCUCUCUACAGGGGACUAUGAGGUCCACAACAUCUUCUCAAAGUUCUGGAAUUGGAUCUUUAGGUUCUAGAGCAGGUUCUAGUCGAGGUCCUGAUUCUAUAGGGUUUAAAGUCCCAAACUUGUUAAAACUGAGAAAGGCUCUUGAAUCACAGGAGAGAUCAGAGAGUGAAGAGCACGAGGCAGAUGGCAAUAAGAAGUCAACAAAGAAGAAGGAGGAGGAGGAUGACAACGUUCUCUAAUCACAAAGACUAUUUACUGAAUCAACCAAUCAGCUUCUGGAACAAGACAAAGACAAAAAGUGAUUCCAAGUAUACUACUAGACUAGGCCUACUGAAAUGCAAUGAGUGCCAGUUAUCAGUAAAAUGGUAAAGAAAUGUGUUCAGCUACAUAAUUCAUAUUUUUUGUUUUGUGUUUGAAAUCACUUUAUGUAUAAAAUUAUUAACAGUAACCAAAUAUGUA